GAGGCUCAGCCGAGUUGGAAUUCUUCUCCAAAAUCGAUUAUGGCCAUGGACGCCGCAAAAUCCUUUGGGGGCCAACGCUUCAUGAUCGUCUCCCUCUUCUUGAUCUUCUUCCUCUGCGUCUUGGCUUCGAUCAAUGAGUUCCGGUACGAGACGCUGUCGAAGUUCGGCCGGUGCGCCCUCUCCAACAUCCCCCAGUUCAACGAUUAUUCUUCAGCCAACCUCUCGGUUGCAGACUCCUCCUCGUCCGACGACGAGAUCCGGAUACUCAUAGGCAUCCUUACGCUCCCUGACAUGUACCACAAGCGCCACUUCCUCCGCAUGAUCUACGGGAGUCAGUCUCCCGCCGGGGCGCGGAUCGACGUGAAGUUCGUGUUCUGCAACUUGACCAAGGAAGACCAGCACGUCUUGGUGGCGCUGGAGAUCAUGCGGUACAACGACAUCAUCAUUAUGAAUUGCACGGAGAACAUGAACAACGGGAAGACGUACUCGUACUUCUCUAGCCUGCCGGAGAUGCUCAAGGGCGAGGGCCAGCCGUACCCGCCUUACCAUUACGUGAUGAAGGCCGAUGACGACACUUUCUUUAGGCUGGAGAAGCUCGUGGCGUCGCUGAGGCCGUUGCCGAGGGAGGACUUGUACUACGGCUUCGUGAUACCAUGCCACAGCAUGGACCCUUUCGUUCACUACAUGUCCGGGAUGGGCUACAUGGUUUCGUGGGACUUGGUCGAGUGGAUCAGCGAGACGGACAUCGCGAGGAACCACACGGAGGGGGCCGAGGAUCUCGUCUUCGGCUCAUGGUUGCGGGACGGGCGCCGAGCCAAGAACCGGUACAAUGCCAAGUGGGCCAUGUACAAUUAUCCGGAGCCGAAGGACCCAUGCCAGCACGAGUUCUGGCCAGACACGAUCGCUGUCCACACGGUGAAGACGCCGGAGAAGUGGAUCCGGGCAUUGAAGUACUUCAACUUCACAAGUAACUUGAAACCCUCUAAAUUAUAUCAUAUUCCUUAGGCAAGUCAUGCUUGCUCAUGCUCGCCAUCACCAUUUCCAUUUUUGAGUUCAUUCUUUUUUCUUUUUCUUUUUCUUUUUUUUGGUUACUUGAUGAUCAAUACAAAUCCUAUUUUGGCGAAA